AUGACCUUCACUAAAGCUCUUGUCCCGCUUGCGCUCUUCCUUGCCAAGGCGCAAGCUGAUGCAUUCUCAUCAUGCCCGAAUGACUUGCCGCUUUCUUGCCACAACACGACUGCUGUAGAAGACACUUGCUGCUUUGUCCCCGCUGGCCAGCUCCUCCAAACUCAAUUCUGGGACUCUGAUCCCGCUGGAGGACCUUCGGAUUCAUGGACCAUCCACGGUCUCUGGCCUGACUACUGUGACGGCACAUACCCUCAGUUCUGCGACAAGAGCCGCGAGUACACAGAUAUCAAGUCCAUUGUGUCCAAGUUUCUCGGUAACUCGACACUCUCGUACAUGGACAAGUACUGGGUUAGCGAGGAUGGCAACGAUGAGUCCCUGUGGGAGCACGAGUGGGACAAGCACGGCACUUGCAUCACCACCCUUGAGCCCAGCUGCUACAGCAACUACCAGACCGGUGAGGAGGCAGCGGACUAUGUCAAGAGGACCAUUUCGCUCUUCAAGACUCUGCCCACGUACAAGUGGCUGGCUGAGGCGGGCAUUGAACCAUCCACUGAGAAGACGUUUACCGCGAGCGAGAUUGAGGAUGCACUUGCAUCACAGCACGGUGCUCGUGUUACCAUCGGGUGCAAGGGCAGCUCUCUGAGCGAGGUUUGGUACCACUUCAACGUGCAGGGCUCGCUUCAGGAGGGUGAGUUUGUGGCUUCUGAGCCGGAUGGCAGCAAGAGUUCUUGCCCAGACAACGGCAUCAAGUAUGCACCAAAGAACUGA